CAGCAUGAUGAAGGCGUAUGAGAACUACUCGUUUGAGGAGCUGAGAUAUGCGGCCCCUGCCGUGCCUCGACCGAGUGAGAACAUGCUGGUCAGAUGUAACAGUGAUGGCACAUAUGUUGCCAACUGGACACCUAGCAACAUAGGCCUCUACAAAAUCCUUGUCACCAUUGAUGACUUUGAUACUGGUGAAAUUUACAAGUUGGAAGUAAAAGAUCCACCCCAAGGAGUUACUCCACCCACCCAAACAGAGAAAAAACCACAUCAACCAAAUAAG